GCCGGGAGCCGGAGCGCAGCGCGGGGUCGUGGCGGCGGCGGCGGCGGUGAGGGGAGCGCGGCGGAGGCGGCGGAACCAUGGCGGGCCAGCAGUUCCAGUACGAUGACAGCGGGAACACCUUCUUCUACUUCCUCACCUCCUUCGUGGGGCUCAUUGUGAUCCCCGCCACCUACUACCUCUGGCCGCGAGACCAGAAUGCGGAGCAAAUUCGAUUAAAGAAUAUCAGAAAAGUAUAUGGAAGAUGUAUGUGGUAUCGUUUACGAUUAUUAAAACCCCAGCCAAAUAUUAUUCCUACAGUAAAGAAAAUAGUUCUGCUUGCAGGAUGGGCAUUGUUCUUAUUCCUUGCAUACAAAGUUUCCAAAACAGACCGAGAAUAUCAGGAGUACAAUCCUUAUGAAGUAUUAAAUUUGGAUCCUGGAGCAACAGUAGCAGAAAUUAAGAAACAAUAUCGCUUGUUGUCACUUAAAUAUCAUCCAGAUAAAGGAGGUGAUGAAGUUAUGUUCAUGAGGAUAGCAAAAGCUUAUGCAGCUUUAACAGAUGAAGAGUCUCGGAAAAAUUGGGAAGAAUUUGGAAAUCCAGAUGGGCCUCAAGCUACAAGUUUUGGAAUUGCCUUGCCAGCUUGGAUAGUUGACCAGAAAAAUUCGAUUCUGGUUUUACUUGUAUAUGGAUUGGCGUUUAUGGUUAUCCUUCCUGUUGUUGUGGGCUCUUGGUGGUAUCGGUCAAUACGCUAUAGUGGAGACCAGAUUCUAAUACGUACAACACAGAUUUAUACAUACUUUGUUUAUAAAACUCGAAAUAUGGAUAUGAAACGUCUCAUCAUGGUUUUAGCUGGAGCUUCUGAAUUUGAUCCUCAAUAUAAUAAAGAUGCCACAAGCAGGCCAACAGAUAAUAUCUUAAUACCACAGCUAAUUAGAGAAAUUGGCAGCAUAAAUUUAAAGAAGAAUGAGCCUCCACUUACCUGUCCAUAUAGCCUGAAGGCCAGAGUUCUUUUACUGUCUCAUCUUGCUAGAAUGAAAAUUCCUGAGACCCUAGAAGAAGAUCAACAGUUCAUGCUGAAAAAAUGUCCUGCUCUGCUUCAAGAAAUGGUUAAUGUAAUCUGCCAGCUAAUAAUAAUGGCCAGGAGCCGUGAAGAAAGGGAGUUUCGUGCUCCAACUUUGGCAUCCUUAGAAAACUGUAUGAAGCUCUCCCAGAUGGCUGUCCAAGGCCUCCAGCAGUUUAAGUCUCCCCUUCUGCAGCUCCCUCACAUCGAGGAGGACAAUCUUAGGAGAGUUUCCAACCAUAAAAAGUACAAAAUUAAAACUAUUCAGGAUUUGGUCAGUUUAAAGGAAUCAGAUCGUCAUAGUCUGCUGCACUUUCUUGAAGAUGACAAAUAUGAAGAGGUGAUGGCGGUCCUUGGGAGUUUUCCCUAUGUGACUAUGGAUAUAAAGUCACAGGUAUUGGAUGAUGAGGAUAGCAACAACAUCACAGUAGGAUCCCUAGUCACAGUGUUGGUUAAAUUGACAAGGCAGACGAUGGCCGAAGUAUUUGAAAAGGAGCAGUCCAUCUGCGCUGCGGAGGAACAGCCCACGGAAGAUGGGCAGAGUGAUGCCAGCAAGAACAAGGCCAAAGGAGGAUGGCAGCAGAAGAGCAAAGGACCCAAGAAGAUGCCCAAGUCCAAAAAGAAGAAGCCUUUGAAAAAAAAGCCCACGGCUCUGCCCUUCCCCCAGGCCAAACAGCAGAAGCAGAAGCAGGCCAAUGGAGUUGUUGGGAGUGAAGCUCCAGCAAAGGAGGAGGACGACGACAUCUCUGACAAAGGCAGCGAUUCUGAAGAGGAAGAGACCAACAGAGAGUCCCAGAGUGAGAAAGAGGACGGCAGUGACAGGGAGUCUGACAGAGAGCAAGAUGAGAAACAAAGCAAGGAUGACGAAGCAGAGUGGCAAGAAUUACAACAGAGCAUACAGAGAAAAGAGAGGGCUCUCCUGGAAACCAAGUCAAAGAUCACACACCCUGUGUAUAGUCUUUACUUUCCCGAGGAAAAACAAGAGUGGUGGUGGCUUUAUAUUGCAGAUAGGAAAGAACAGACAUUAAUAUCCAUGCCGUAUCAUGUAUGUACACUGAAGGAUACGGAAGAGGUAGAACUGAAGUUUCCUGCACCAGGCAAGCCUGGAAAUUAUCAGUAUACAGUGUUUCUGAGAUCAGACUCCUAUAUGGGUUUGGAUCAGAUUAAAGCACUGAAGCUGGAAGUUCAUGAGGCCAAGCCUGUGCCAGAAAACCACCCACAGUGGGAUACAGCAAUAGAAGGUGAUGAAGACCAGGAAGACAGUGAGGGAUUUGAAGAUAGCUUUGAGGAAGAGGAGGAGGAAGAGGAAGGUGAUAACUAACCAGUGUAUGCGUGGACCACAGCGUUUGCACAUACUUGCAAACAUCUGCUGCUUUGUAAAUUAUAAUAAAGAAGAAGCAGUGGAGAACUGAUGCAGUGGGAAGUGUUGGUAUCUUUACUAGAAAUGGAUACAUCAUAUAGGCAGUUGGUGGUGCCGUGGUACAGUCUGAAAGGGCUUCUUUAAAGCCUUUCAGGUAUGGGGUGGUGCGAUCAUAUCAUCUGCAAUUGAUAAUAAAUCCUUCGUUGUUAAAACUGUCCAGAAGCGUGGGCUGUGCAUUACCUGAUCAGUUUACGGUCUCAGUCAGAGUCAAGGUACAUGAAAAACAGUCUUUGUUCAGCUUUAGUUUUAGUGAACAUUAAAAUAUGAUAAACAUCACAAAUAUGUUUUAAGUAACAUCUGCUCAAGUUUUUAAUCUGUUAAUCAGCUCUGUUACUCAUUUAUCAAUAUUUUACAAAUGGUAAGAUUGUAAUAGUUCCAUACAUGAGUUCAAACCUUUAUUUUCAUCUGUCUUGGCCAUAACUUAACAUUCUCACACAUUCCACACAAAACAGAGGGCUACAUUUUGGAAUUUUCCGUUCUUAAUUGCCCAGAGUUAGCAGACAUUACAAAAGUGGCUUUUAAUGGCUUAAGGCCUCUUAAAACCUCUGUUGGUGUCUGCACAAAAUCUAAUUCUUCUGAUAAGCUCAGGGCUGAAAGGGAUUGUGGGACCACCCGUUCUCUGAUGCUUGGGUCAUGUUAUCCAGUCUUUUGAAAAGGGUUACUAGAAAAGCUGGACUACAUACAUUCUUAGCUUUUAAUCUACCUGACUUCAGAAGCCUUUUAAAGAAAAUAAAUACAGCAUACAAAGGAGGCAUUUUUUGUAUUCAUUUUGGACUCCUGUUAAUAAAAUAGAAGUUUGACUCAUUUUAUGUUUGUAAUUGUGUUUGUCUUUUUACUCCUAGAGAAAGGGCAUAAAUAGGGUAAUCUUUUAUUUUUCAACUAAAAGUUUAAUAUUGUACCUCACUGUGGAAGUGACUGCUCUCUCUGUAUACUCUUGGAAAACCCAGGAGGAAGAGCUAUUUUCUCUCAUCUAGUACAACCUAAAGGGCAGUGCUCAACAUAGAGUAAAUGUGUGUGUGAUGAGUCACUGAGGUAAGAGGAAUAUUUUUAUUACUAGAUAUGGAGGACACACAAGUCUACAAUACUAUAAGACUGAUUGCAAUAAUCCUAUCAAACUCUCCAUAGGCCAAAGUACUGUUGCAAUACUAACUUAUGUUUAUUUAAAAGGUUGCUACUCUUCAUGCAGAAUUAUCACUGGUAUUUUGUUACUACAGUAGUUGGAAAUAAAAUUUGAAGAUUACCAAAAAUAUGAAUUUUUUGUUGUUCUAAAUUUAAGAUGUAACACUGAACAGUUGAAGUGUCCAUUAGACCCUUGCUUACCCUUGCUGUGCUGAGGGUUUGAUUCAUUUGUUUCUAUAUGUAAGGGGUGGGUUUGCCUUUCAAAUCAGAUCUUACUGGAAAGCUCCAGUGUUGAGUGUAGUUGCUAGACAUGUCAGUGUGAGGGAGUGAGCAGCUGUGUCGGGAAAGGAGAGGCCCCAGGAGACUGGACAAGCAGACUUGUAGUCUUUGCAGUCCCUAGCUUGGCUGAAGUAGAUGGCUUGAGAAGAGUUCUCUAGUGGCUGUUUUCCCUCUGAAGGGUGUACACAGUUCAUUCAAACAACUGGCUUCUCUAGUUUGAGAUGCUCAGCACUGUGCUUACAAAACAGCAUGUCUUCCAUGAUUGGAAAUCCCAACAAUUCGCUGAUGUUUGCCUAUUUUGUGAUGUGUCAACAUCCCAACCUAAAGAACCAGUUUUCCUCUAACCAGGUAUCUUAGGUGAAAGACCUCAGUUACGGUGUACAUCUCUACUCAGUCACCAAACUCCACAUUCCUUCUUUCUCUACUACGGAAUUAAUGACUUGUCCUGGUUUGCAUUUAGUUGAAAGGAAAGUUUUAAAUGUUUGUUUUUACUCCUAUUCAAAACAUUGACAUUCUGUCACUAAAUGAAUAUAUAGAUGAAAACACAGUAUGUACAUACAGAGUGAAAUUGAUUAUAUGAAAUUAAGUUAUUUACAUUGUGUAAUAUUUUUAAUCUCUAAAUUUGCAAAGUAUCCAUCAAAAUACAGCCUUCCACAAGGAGACUUAACUACCAGGUAAAAGUGUGGCAGGUGCAAAGGUUAGCAUUGUAAGACCUGACGGAGGGCUCAGACUCAAAAUUAGUUAGAUGUUUAUUUAUGUUCUCUAAAAUUUGUGGUAUUUGAGAUGAAUUGAGCACAUUGAAUGCGAUUCUGCACAUGGAGCAAUCUCUUGUUCUCUGCUUUGCCUUUGCCAGCAUGCACUGAGGGGUGGAGAAGGACAGGCUGUUGAGUGGUACCCUUCUACUGUUUGCUGGAAAGCUCAGGUCCUAUAGAGGUGUAGGAGUAGAAUGCCAACCCCCGAUGUGGAACUAGGGAGUGCAUGUUAAGGAUGUAUUGAGGCUUUCUUAGCAUGUUCUGGUUUUGUUUUUGUGUUUUUGAGACAGAGCCUCACUAUAUAGCCUAGGUUGGCCUUGAACACACAGUGUAUGUAGCCCAGGUCGUGAACCUUGUGAUCCUCCAGCCUCAGCCUCUUGAGUGAGUGAUAGGAUUACAGGCGAGAGCCACCACACCUGGUGUUGAACACAUUUACUACAUUUAUUCAGGUAUCUGCUCCAGCUAGCUCCUACCAUACACUGGAGUGUUGUUCAGUAAUAAUCUGUAUUUCAAAUGCACUUCGGUACCUACAUGUUUUUGACAGAUUGUUUAUCAUGUAUUUACUGAGUUUCCAUGUCCAGGCUCUGUGACUUAGGCACUAUAGCUAUGUGGACCCUCUUUGUGUUAAAACUUACUUGGAUUGGGUCAGGACAUAGGUGGGAAUACAUUUUAAUCUUUUUCCUUUGGCACAGUGGCCAAUAUUUAGAAUGCCCCCCCCCAUCUUUUCACUAGGCAGAGGAAUAAUUAUUAUCACUACUACUGCUAUUAUUAUUAUAGGGACUAGCUAUUGAAUUAGUUGGCCUUUGUCCAUCCCCUUUGGAUAAAACAAGAGUCGUCCUUUGUUUUUAAAUGCUUCUUUUUUGAAGCAUUUUCUCAACUCUGUGAAUCCCCUAUUUAGUCUGCCUUAAAGUGGAACAACUAUCGGUGAACUGGAGCAUGCCAUUCUACCAGCUGUGCAGUGAUUAGUUCAAGUGUGUCCCAAGAAGUUAGCAUCAUCAUACACUUAAACUUGACACUAGGGCUAUUUACAGACCUUAACAAACAAAACAGGCGUGAUCUUGUACAUUUUCCUGUAACUGAGCUAAAAAUCCAAAUAACAAUCAUGGAUAUGCUUUAGGACUGGUUUCAGGCAGGUGUGUACAUCCCAGGGGUAUACAGAUAAUAAGUCCAUUGAGAAAAUGUUAAAAUAAUGAUUCUUUGUAUUUAAUCUCAUCCUUUUAAAUUUCUAUUUUUGUGUGUUUUAUAAUGUACAUAAUAUAUUGUACAGUUGUACACUUAUAUAAUUUAUAAAUAAAUAAUACAUUUAUUGGUGCACUA